CACAUCCUGCGUUCCAGCUCACCUCCUCUUUUCUCCGUAUAUUUUUCAAUGGUUUCUUUAUGAAGAAUUUCCCUUCCUUAUCUGUGUCUUUUUCAUUUUAUCUCUCUGUAUUUUAUUGGCCUAGAGGAAAAAAGAUGGAAAAUUGAAAGUGGGUCCUACAUGAAACUAUGUGGAAGAACAUGGAACCAAAAUUCCACGACUAAACGUGGCUUACAACGCCAUUUUCGACUUCACGCCCCCCACUACUGUUGCUUCAGUUUUUGGGUGCUUUGCUUCGUUUUGCUCUCUUAUCUCUCUAAAGAAAAAAAACCUUGAUUAGUGUCUAAAACAGUUAACAGAUUACUAACUUUUCCUCUUAACAAAGGAAAAAAAAAAAGAAAAGGGAAAAACAGUGCCUGGAACCUAGUAUAGUUUGCUUCUUCCUUUUUCUCUUUCUCACAAGCACAAAGCUGUCUUUUUAUUAUCUUGAUUGGGUGGUUAUUCUUUGCUUGGAGUUUUUAGCUCUUGGUUAAUGGGUGUUUAAGUUGUUACUUUAUUGGGAAUCAGCUGUUGCUUCUUAUCUUUGCUGGUUUUGCUUGUCUAUUGGAUUGGGGUGGUUGAUCUUUGUUCCUUGGAUCCAUUUUUUGAGCUUUCUAGUGAAGUACAAAUUGGAGCGUUAGAGGCGUAUAUAGUGUGGUUGCUGUCUGCUGUCAUACUCACAUCAACCGUUUCAAGGCAGAAAAUGGAAAUGAGACUUGCCCGUCAUUAAUGCAGUAUAUGAAUUAGAGAAAGAAGAUGGACAACCGAUUUGUUAAUGGUCAGAAAGAUGACCAAGGGAAAGAAGAUUCACUACAAAACUUGGAGAAUAACAGGGAUAUAUCAGGAGACAACGGAAUGUGUUAUUCUGAAUUAAAAUUGAAAAAGCUGGCAAGAAGGGUAAAUCCACAGCACGCUUUGAUAUUAAAUGUCAAAAGAUUACAAGCUGGAAAAAGUCUUAUUAAGGAUUCAUUCCUUCGGAGUAUUUUUGGCAUAGGCAAUAAAGUUCCGAGGCAUGUGGUUACUCUAGAUGAGAAAUAUCUACGUUGUUGCCUGGAAUUGAUUCAUAUAAGUGCAGCAAAAGCAGCCCAAUGCAACAUCUCUGUGAACUUGAGCUCUGCAAAGAUGGGCAUUUUAUCUGAUGGCCUGAAUUCAGCUAAAAUCAGAGAUGAAAAUACAUGUGAUUUGGGCACGUUUGUUUUUGAAUGUCCACUGGCAGUUGGGACUGGCAGUGUAGUCAUUGGUCCUGCUGGACGGUGGGUUGUAGGUUCAAUAAUGGGCAGCAGAAGUAUGGCAAAUAUAUUGAAGAGUCCAUUGUUACGGAAAAUGGGUGCAUUGGAUGUUGAUGCAAGUUUGAAGGAUGUUAAAGGAUCAAUAAGUUAUGAUGUCAUGAGCUCUCCUGGUGGUUUCAGUUAUUAUUCUGCACAUAAGCUAGGAAGUCAAACGCCCAUUUCAGAAAAUCCUAAAUAUGGAUCUGAGACUGUUCAUAAAAGGCUUGUUUCUGUGUCAAGUACAAACUCAACAUGCUCUGAUCAGUCCAUUUCUUCUACUUCUACAACAAUAUCUCAGGGAAUGCUUCAAUGCACAUGGAAGGGUGGGAUUCCACAUUUUGUUUUCUCCCUGGAUAAUCAGAGGGAGAUCUAUGUAGCCAAUUUGUCAAAGGAAGGAUCAGCUCGCAAUAAGGGUCUAGACUAUACGUACUUGUUCCAUUCAAGCAAGGGUAGCCAUAAGGACCAUGGGAUUCAUGAUAAUGAGUCUCACCUUGUUGGUAAGAUGAAGGUAUCUACUUCUUUCUCAAUUGGCCCCCAAGAUUCUAAAAUCAUGGAGACUGAGUUUGUUUUGUUUAGUGGUAAUGAAACUUUUAGUGGGGAGAUGCAAACUCCGAGCAGUAACCACAGGAAGAAUAAGGGUCUAUCUAAAAAGGUGGCAGAAGUAUUCAAGAGCAGUCACCCAUCCAAGCAGAGAACAGUGUCUAGAUUUCUUCGACCACGUUCCAUAAUGGAAGAUUCUUCUUGGGACCCAUGCCAAGAUACAGUCAACAAUCCUGACGCACUAGGUGGGACAAAUCUUUUAGAGGAACAGCUCCCACCAAAUCUUGAAUUGGCUGCCAUUGUUGUGAGGGACCAUUUCCCCGAGAAUCCUCGGCAGGAAGUUGGAGGUUGGGGCUUAAAGUUUCUCAGGAAAGCUGGGGUUAAGCAAACCAUUGACACUUUGGAAGCCCCAGUUCCUUCUGCUUGUGCUCGUGAUACCAGUGAUUGCUCAACAAGUAUGGAUAUUCUAGUUCCAGCUGGUAUUCAUGGUGGUCCAAGAACCAGAAAUGGUGGCCCCUCUAGUCUUAUUGAAAGAUGGGGAUCUGGUGGACAUUGUGACUGUGGUGGCUGGGACUUGGGCUGUCCGCUGACAGUACUUAAAGCCAGAUCAAGUAAAGAAGGAGAUUUACCUCCAACAGAUAUGUCUGAGACAUGCAAGUUACUUGAUUUUUUUGUUAAGGGUUCAGACCACGGUUCUCCAACCUUGAGGAUAGCAAAUGUUCAUGAUGGCCUGUAUUUUAUUCAUUUUCAAUCAACACUCUCAGCUCUGCAGUCUUUCUCAAUUGCAGUUGCGUACAUCCAUACUCAAAGUCCCACUCUCCGACCUACAAAUGUACAGCAGUUGAGGUAGCGAGAUCUAGAAUUGAAGGUUAUUUAGUUGUAACCCUCUGUACAACAGCAGUGUGUAAGUUGAAAUUUAGGUACUUUUACAUAAAUUGAGAUUGUUAUUUUUAUGUUUUCAGGUAGCUAGUUUGAUUGGUUUCUUAUAGAGGUUGUCUGUUAUUGAUUGGAAAUUUUAUCCUUGAUUCUCAGAACAAAAGAUCUUGUAAUGUGCUCCUUUUUUAUUGAACGUACAAGUUUUAGAUGGAGUGAAUUUUAUACCAAAUGUAUUCUAUGCUCUGUAGCCCUUAAUAUUCAGUAAAAUUUGAAGUUAUGUUUGAACAAACUAGAAGUGAAAUUCAAGCAUAAGAAAAACCAGCAUCUGGCUUCGGAAUUUCAAAAUAAGGGAUGAGGUUGCACUUUAAGUGUGAUGACUUUCUUUUUCGAGUAACAGUCUUCAAAUUAUUUUUCUGUUAAGAUGCUUUUGCACAUACAGUUUUUAUUCACUACCGCACUCCUGCUUUAAGCGAAUUUUGUCUAGAAUUGUCAGGUUAGCUACUAGAAAGUGGUGACAAUGAAUAUUUUUUCUGUUUAAAUAAAUACUGCAUUCAUGGACAAAAUGGCUUUCGAAACUUUUUGGCUUCAAAUGUGCAUUUCAAGUUGGUCAAUUAGGAGGUAAAUGCUAUAUAAGAGACCUUAUAAUCAAUGUUCCAUGGUACACAGUUCAGUGCAUCAUAAUUUGAAACCCUAAAGCUUAGUACAUUCUUCUAAAUGAGAAAGCUUGGAUCAGUUGUUGGCUUAAAGUCACCUGAGCACUGCAGGGUUGUUCUAUUUUGGAUAGAGAGAGUGGAGAGGAUAGGGAGGGGAGGCUGGUACUUGUGCUUCUACUACUUUGUUUGGUGUUACCGCAUUCUCUUCAGGUCACAUUACUUUUUUUCACUCUUAAAUGUGUUAUACUAGUUCACUCUCAGUUUUUCAACUUUCUCUCAUCACUUAUAUUCAUACGACUGUCUAUCAUUUUCUCUCCUGCAAAAGUAAGCAUUCUUUUGUGCUCUCUCUUGAAAGAAAUAAAAUCUUAUAACAAGCUCUUGGUCAUAAUAAGCUGAUUUUUGUCUCAUUAGUUUUCUGUUUUGUCUGCUAUGUGUAAAAUCAUACAGAGAUGUUUCUUUCCAUAAUAUCACGAAUGUGCUUUGUGCAAAUUGAUCACAGAUAAGACUAAGUCAUUCGUUCCUCCAUUGGGAAUGGUUUGAACACAUCGGCUAGAAAUAUGCCAUUCUGCAAAAAUAUGAAAGACUUUAACUUGCUGCCAAGGUUUGGAGCCUUUGCCUUGGAUCUGUAUAUCAUGCUUCAUGACAUGGAGCCAGGUAUCUCUCUUCUUUGACUAAAAUGUAGGAAAGUUUUCACUUGCCUUCUAUGUUCAUGCUGAAUUGAUUAAAAAGUAUAUAGUCUACUAUGUCGUAGAACAUCUAGUGAUUACUUCAUUGUGAGUGAUUGUGACUGUCAUUUUUUUACCCACAGAAGUGCACAAAACAUUUGGAAUCCCAUGCUAUCUCCUUGCUUUGCUAGGUGACUAUCACUGAGUAUAUUUUCUUUUGACUUUAUAGCACCCAUUAACUUCAGCUGAUGGCAGGUAGUACCCAGAAGAAAAGAUUGAGGCAGGUGGUGCCUGGUUAAUAUGGUCUUACUAACCCUGAAAGUGAUAGGAGAUCCUUUUCUCCCUUACAAUGCAAACAGCUCAAUCAGAAGCUCACAAGAUGCUUCAAUGUGUUUUUUGAAGCCAUUCUAUCAUGAAGGCGAUUCAUGCACAUAAAUGCAGAUGCACUUUUCCUUUCUCCGUCUCGUCUUUACUAUGGAGUAUGGAAAUACUCAAAACACAUUAAUGAACUACUUCAGGAACAUACCAACAAUUCAACUUUUUUGAAAGUCCUUCCACUCAAGGGGUUACCAAUUAACCAUACCUACUCCCAAGCAGUGGUGAACUACUGAAUGAACUUAGUGAGGCUGUUAACGAAUUCCUUGAAAGCUUAUCUUCUAUUUAUACAAGACUAUUUUUUGAUCUGUUUCCCUUUCAAUCCUGUUCACUAUGAAAUCAAACAGAAUUCUUGUGUUGCUGAUAUUGUUGAUGAAACACACAAGUUACUUGAGAUUAUAAA